AUGGCAGCAGUAGCGGCGACCACGCAAGAAAUGACUGACAGUGUAACGAGAGCGGCUGGAACGGCCGGGUCAUCAACAGCGAUAGUACCAAUCAUUACGCUCCCGGGAGUGUUCCGACGACGCAUGGAGAACCUGAAACACAACAGUGAGUGUGAGAAUGAUGAGCAGCGUCACAACCAAACACUACCAUCGUUUGCCGACGCCAAGAUGGCCGCGUCCGAUUCGGGCGUGUUCCUCUCGAUGCAGGACAUCGAUCGGGAUCCGCCGGGCAGUGGCACAGGAAGCGUGAUAGGCAUGACACGUCUGCUGUCGUCCAACGGUGGCAGCAGCUCCGGAGCACGUACAAAGGAACCCACGCCUCGGUUGGACCGCGAUCGGUGCACGACACUACUGGCAGGCAGCAGCAGUGCUACGGCCCACGGUGGUGAGCUGCAACGAAAGGUCGUGCAAGAGGAAGAUCCCGCCAUGGACGGUCACGAUAACGAUGUAGAUAACGAUGAUGAGGAAGUUGGUAUUACGAUUCGGCUUGGCAAAAAGAAGCCAGAACUGCGACUGAUGAAGGAUCGUACCUGCCAGAGUCUGCCCGACGUCAACAGUGCACGACCGAAAGCGCUACCAAAGGUAGUGACCGCCUGUGAUAGUACUGACACGGAUGGGUUUGGCGAGGCGGACGACGACGACGACGUGGAUGACGACGAGCUCAACCAAGCAUCCGCUCCGGUGAGACCUUGUGAUACGGGUGGCACAUCCACGAUGGCCCCUAUAGUGGAGCAGCCGGUCGGUAGCAGUGGUGAGGAAGAAAAUGUGAGUUCCACCACUGCCACCACCGUUGUCGUCCCUCCUCCGAACAAUCCGCUAGUGAAGCCAGCCCCCGUACCGGGUACGGGUCCGCCAAUGGUCGACCCGAAUGUGCUACAAGUGUUUGCCAUCGAUCCCAAACUGAUCAACAAGUACGAUGGGUUGGAGCAGACGCUCUACUACAUCGACGAAAACGGCAGCCCCAAGAUCCGCGAAAAGUACGCCUUGCAACGACAGUUGGCCGAAGAAAAGCGGCAACGCAAGCAGCAGAAGAAGCUGGAACGGGCGGCCAAGUUUGGCGGUUCGCUCGACGGGGAACCGCCGGUGCAGUGUUCCUGCUUCAGUUUUAGCCGACUAUCCCGCAAGCUCAAGGAGAUGUGUAAGGACGGUUCCAAAGUGACGACGGUUGUAGCUACACCCGGACAAGGCCCAGAUAGACCACAGGAAGUAUCAUACACAGAUACUAAGAUAAUUGGCAAUGGAAGCUUCGGUGUCGUCUUCCAGGCGAAACUCUGUGAUACGGGCGAGCUAGUCGCUAUCAAGAAGGUGUUACAGGACAAACGAUUUAAGAACCGUGAACUACAGAUCAUGCGACGACUAGAACACUGUAACAUCGUUAAGCUAAAAUAUUUCUUCUACUCGAGCGGCGAAAAGAAAGACGAAGUUUAUCUGAACUUAGUGCUCGAAUAUAUCCCAGAAACGGUUUAUAAAGUCGCCCGUCACUAUGCUAAGAACAAGUUAACGAUACCUAUCAACUACAUCCGAAUUUACAUGUAUCAAUUAUUCAGAAGUCUUGCUUAUAUUCACUCGCUUGGUAUCUGUCACCGUGACAUCAAACCACAGAACCUGCUGCUUAAUCCUGAGACGGCAGUGCUAAAGCUGUGCGACUUUGGAAGCGCUAAGCAGCUGCUGGACGGUGAGCCAAACGUGUCGUACAUCUGCUCCAGAUAUUAUCGAGCACCGGAGCUGAUAUUCGGCGCUAUCAAUUACACCACUAAAAUUGACGUAUGGAGUGCAGGAUGCGUGCUUGCAGAACUGUUGCUCGGACAACCAAUCUUCCCGGGAGAUUCUGGCGUCGAUCAGCUGGUGGAAAUCAUCAAAGUCCUCGGCACACCGACACGGGAGCAGAUCAAAGAGAUGAAUCCCAAUUAUACGGAAUUCAAAUUCCCUCAGAUCAAGAGUCAUCCAUGGCAAAAGGUGUUCCGGACACGCACCCCACCGGAAGCGAUCGCACUGGUUUCCCGUCUGCUGGAGUACACGCCAGGCACGAGAAUUACUCCGAUGCAAGCAUGUGCCCAUCCGUUCUUCAACGAAUUGCGAGAAGGCAGCAAGUAUCUGCCGAACGGUCGCGAAUUUCCACCGUUGUUCAACUUCACCGAGCAAGAGCUUGCCAUUCAGCCAAGUCUGAACCUGAUUCUGAGGCCCAGAAACCAAAACGAGGCCGCUUCCAAGGCAGGACAAUCGUCAAGCGGAUCUAUGGAGGGUGGCAGCGGCAGCAGUGGCAACGGUGGUGCCGGCAGCUCAUCUGGCAGCGGUGGCGUUGGAGGUAGUGGUGGUGGUGCUAGUGCUAGUAGCGCUAGCGAUGCGAGCAACUUGGCGCAGCAAUCCUGUAGCGGUGCAGCUGGAGGAAGCGCCGGCGUUGGCGUUGGAUCGGACGAUAUGGCAGCCGCAAGUGGGGGUGAUGCAAACACCUGUCAGCCUUCUGCUGCCACCUCAUCGAUGGGUUAGCUUUAAUUGUGUACGAACGACAACAACCAGCCACAAGGAGCAAAAUGUGCUUUAAACCUAGAGGAGAAUAAUAGCAUGCUCAGAAUAAGAGUGCAAGGAAAAACUAAAAGGAAAACAAUACUUGUCCUCUAGCACUCGAACUGGGCGUUACUGUCUGACGUAGACACUAGGAAGCGACUGUGUACAAGUGUUUGCACGCAAUUUUGAGAACCACGGCCAGCAAACGGCAUAUAAAAUCAAUGAAAAGUUAAAAAAAAUUAAGUAGUAAAACCGAAAGGAAAGGGGAUCAUCGCACUUGCAAACGCAGCGAUGUUGAUCGAUAACAAGCAAAACUAGCUGUGCGUAAUGUCGGACAUAUGGGACUAGUGCAGAAAUAGCGGUUACGCAAAGUAACGAGGUAUGUGUGUAAAAGUUUAAUGUUAAAUUUAUUUUUAAUUAUUAUUUAAAGCAUCGAGAUCGUCAAGAAUGCUAUACAUUGAUGUAUCGCUGUGCAACAUGAAAAAAUCAUUUAAAAAACAUGUUAUAGAAGCAACACAAAGCGACGCGUGGCAUGUGCAGAUGUUCGUAAUGGUAUGGUCCAAACACAGAAGAUGUAGUUAAUCUGUUUUGAUCGUUUUGUUCGACUUUUUUGUUUCAUUAUUUUUUACUUCGAAGCAGUCAUCAUUUAGACGAAAGUACCGUGCAGAAACGUGUGUAGUGUGAUGCCCUAGUGUGAGUGUAAAAUCAUGUAAAGCCCUACGAGUGUGUAUCGGUUUGCUAAGGGUUAUUAGAGAAUCACUUAUGUUCUCUAAAACUAACCCACGCAAACCAUCCACACUUACCUUCUCUUACACACAAAAUAAAAGUUGUACAUUUAUAUCCACGAA